UUUUCGCCUGUUGCAAAUAACCUUGCCAAGUUUCUAUGUGAAUUUGAAAACACAAGUACCGAUUGAUCCAAAUAUCACGAACAGAGUUUCGAAGCUUCUGCACGUAGCUGGGCAAUGCAGUUUCUCAGGCAUGACUGUCACUGUCACUGCCCAAAUAAUCAAAUAAUCGCUCACGUUGUCAAUUUCUUCACUGACAAACUAUGGUAAGCCAUUGAUGACGACUGGAUUGAAAGUCUUCGUAAUGAACCUAUUGGAUAUUUUCUCCUAAUUCCCUCUGGAGUCGUCCAGGGCCACAGGCCUGAUUCACUUGAGGAGUUUGUUCUCACUUUAAGGUCUCUUGUGAUCCCUAGAGAGCAAGCGGAAUUGCACAAGUUAUUACCUGGAUGGCAAGUGACAUCACUUAGCAGUGUUCUUGCUCAAGCCAUGAAACUGAAGAAAAAACAUCAAGUGGAAGCUCUUUAUGCUGUUAAUUUGGUGUCAAAUACCCUAAGCACUGAUACUAUACUUGGUGUUUGUGAUGGCCAGGUGCAAAACGAAUCAAAAGCAUUAUGUAGCUCAGAUGCGGAAGUUUGGGUAUUUAUGGAUUCAAAAUUUUCCCCUUUGAUUUCUUAUACAUAAGAAACUUUUAAUACCUCGAUAUUGCUAACAUAAUGUUUGAACACCUUUCUCACGUUGUGCAGUUUUAGUUUUGUUUGAUAGGUCCUAUUUAAAAAUUUAUGCCAUGAUAAUCAGUAUAGUUGGUUCUAUAUUCAUAUGAUCACUAGACAUAGUUUAUCUAUUUGGCAUACAUAUUUUAAGAAAAAGUGACAGAAGUUUUCUUGUCAUUUUGAGCAUGGAUCUAUUUAGUUUUGAUGGCAUUUGUGAUCAUUCAUGGAAAUAUUUUGACAGGUUGCCUGGAUGAUGCUUAAUAAGUAUUUGAUCCUGGUUGAUCAUAAAUGGUUUGUCCAUGGAAAGAAAGUAAUUAUAUCUCUAUCAAAAAGAAGUAUUCCAAAUAGUAGGACGAAGCAAUCAUCAGUCCACCAGAAGAUUCACAAGUUAGUGGAACAAAGUCUCUCCACUAUAUCUUUUAUACAUGGUUUAGCCCCUAAAUUUAAUAUAACAUUGCAUCUAAUGAGUUUUUCCCUUAAAAGAGAUUUGGCAACCUGCCUGCUGGUAAUACCCCCUGUGAGUAUGUUGACUUGCUUAACUUGCUGGUAGUACCACCUUAUUUUUUGACUUCUUGUGAUGGAUGUAUUCUUGAAUUCUAUAUAUCUUAUAAUUGUUAAUGUGAUUGUGAUAAUGCUCUCUAAAGAUUAUUUGUUGGGAUGUAAUUUGACUGUCACAGCUUCAUUCUGGCUUUUAGAGUAUUGCUGUAAUUGCUUUGACUUCCAUCAUUAUGAUUUCAAUUUAUCUAUCCACAACAACCUCUAUAGUUCUCUUUUAGUCUAGUAUCUUGCAUAUUGCUUGCUCCUUGAGCUCACCUGGUUUUCAUUUUCAUAAAACCUACAAAUUACCUGUGGGGACCUUGGGUGAAGGUUAACACUUACUCACUUUCAUCUGAUUGUCUUUAUCUUUUUCUGGGCAUGAGCUGGAUAACCAUGGCUUAAAAGCAAUGCAACUAUUUACAAUGGUGAGCGAUUAUGAAUCCCCUAUAAUAGAUGUACUGUAUGGAUUCUGAUGUCAUGAAUAGGUACUAAUAUUACCUUCUUGUUGAAACACCUAUUGAGAAAUAUGGAGUAAAUACUAGUAAAUAAUAGAAAGCAUGCUAUGAUAUGUUUUUAUUGUUAUACUGUCUAUUUACAGCUAACAGACUAAAUUAUUUACCCAUGAUUGUUCUCGUGGACUUACUAUUCUAGGACCUUACUUUAUGUGUACAUGGUCAUGCUACAGUAUGUUCAGGUGGUAAAGUUUGAGAUGAGUCUUUUGACUGUGGAAAGUGAAAAGAAUAGAUUUUAAGAUGUAUAAUGGUUUGGGCGUAUUUCAUAUUCUAUUCUUCUUUUUCUUUCAACUUUAUAUGCUUUUGGAUAAGAAUUAUUCUAUUCUACGCUGGAUAAGAUAUCUCCACUAGGCUUCGUUUCUACAAAGGAAUAUUCCUAUUUGAUGUGGUUUCACAUCUUGACUUCAGUCUAGAUUCCUGAACAUUUCAAUAGUUUUGAUUUUUUAUCUGCUAUUUAAAGUUGUAGGAAUUAUUUGAUAGCUCCAAAAGCUUCUGAAUGACUGCUUGACUGUUUGUCCCGCUGCAAUCUCUGUGCCUCACCAAACAGUCUCUGUAAGAAGCCUCUAUACACACGCUGGAAUGAGAACGACAGAUUUGUUUGCUUCCAUUUUGUUAUUCACCUAUCUUUGGCCCACCCCUUAUAGCUAUUGAUUUGUCAACUUUAGAACACUAAUUUAUUUUGCAACGAAGAAUGAUUAAGAUUUUUACAGUUUGAAUCAGUUUACAUUUUUUUAAUGUUUUGUAUUUGAAAGAUUCUUUGAAUAAUUCUGUGGUUGGUUUGUUUUCAGAACACCCCUUUAGGACUGGUCAGAAGUGUGGAAACCUUGUGGUUGCCUUUGCAAGAUCCGUAUCAUCGAGAUUCCAUUGAUCUCUGCAAAAUUGAGCCAGUCACAUUUCAGUAGAUGAACAUGGAAAAGUUAAAAAGGGAGAAAGGAACAAAAGGAGGCCUGCGAAAGGAUUACAAGCCAACUACAAAACGACGAAGAGUGGGGCGCACAGCAUGUCAUGAUUUGGCAUUUUGUGGACCUAGUUUUAUCUAAAAGUCUUUGGGGAAGAGGAAAAAACUUCAACAUGAGCAACAUAAGCGUAGUGGAGGCAAGGUUGCCGCCGGGGUUUCGGUUUCAUCCGAGAGACGAAGAACUAGUCUGUGAUUACUUGAUGAAGAAGAUGAAUCACUGUGAUACUCUUCUCUUGAUUGAAGUUGACCUCAACAAGUGUGAGCCUUGGGAUAUUCCUGAAACUGCCUGUGUAGGAGGGAGGGACUGGUAUUUUUACAGCCAGCGGGAUCGAAAAUAUGCAACAGGAUUAAGGACAAAUCGAGCUACUGCAUCAGGGUACUGGAAAGCCACCGGGAAAGAUAGAGCGAUUAUGCGUGAAGGCAGCCUUGUUGGGAUGAGAAAGACUUUGGUUUUCUACCAAGGGAGAGCUCCUAAAGGAAGAAAAACUGACUGGGUUAUGCAUGAGUUCAGGAUUGAAGGACCUUCUGGCCCUCCUAAAGUUUCUUCUCCCAAGGAAGAUUGGGUAUUGUGUCGAGUGUCUUACAAGAACAGAGAUCAAGUUGGUGCCCAACCAAGGAUGGGAACAAGAACAAGUUGCAGUUAUGAUGACACAGGCUCUUCAUCUCUUCCACCAUUAAUGGAUUCUUACAUCACUUUUGAUCAAACUCAACCAAAUAAUUUAACUCAGUUUGAUGAUCAGCAAGUGUCCUGCUUCUCCAUUUUCUCCCCAAACCAAAUUGCCAACCCCAUUUUCUCUCAUCAUUUGGAACCAAACAAUAACAACAUUAUCGUUUCUGAUUCCCAGUUUGGCCAAAUAUUUCCAGGUUUAGAAUCCUUCUAUUCCGGUGACAACAACAAGGUAAUUAAAGCUGUUUUGAACCAGCUUACCAAAGUUGAAAGGAAUAAUGAAGACAAUAUUAUUAUUCCUAACAUGGGAGGAUCAUCUCCAAGCCCUGAAAGCUUGUUAUCUGAAGUGGGUUUGCCAAACAUGUGGAAUAAUAGUCAUUUUUAAUUAAUAUGAUGUAUUUAGGCUUCUUAAAUACCUUCAUCUCCAUGAAAACUUGUAAAGAAAUUGUAGUUUAUAUUAAUAUAUAUCUACC